CACACACACAUACAUACAUACAUACAUACAUACAUACAUGCAUACAGACACACAGACACACACAGAGUGACAGGAGCGCGGUCACAGGCGUGGUGAUGGUACAGCAAGCUGUGGAAAAAGUACCCACCAGCGGGGCUCCGGCAUGCCAAGAAUAAAAACUCCACACGUUUGGAAAAGAAACUGCCAGAUCUGUGUCAUCUCGCAGGGUGAGCGGGGGGGCUCUGCAAUGGAGGGGGGAGACGAUGAGUCCUGAAGCCACCCCUCUCCUCUCCUUUCUCUUGUUUUUCCCUGGGAGAGACAACAUGCUGAGUGUUAAACUGCCUCAAGUGUUCCACAUUCACCAAGUACCGCGAGUUUUCCGGGAGGAUGGGAUUAUUUCGGGAUAUCGCCACCCCCGUAGCUCCGCCCUGGACUGCAUCCUCAGCAGCUUCCAGAUGACCAAUGAGACGGUCAAUAUCUGGACCCACUUCCUUCCAACCUGGUAUUUCCUGUGGCAGUUCUGCGUCCUGUGCUCCACACUGGAUUUCUGGAGUGAGUGUUACUCCUGGCCUCUGCUGGUGUACAUGCUGCUCAUCUGCCUGUACCCGUUCACCUCGAGCUGCGCUCACACCUUCAGCUCCAUGUCUGCAGAGGCGCGGCACGUCUGCUACUUCUUCGACUACGGAGCGCUCAGCCUCUACAGCCUGGGCUGUGCGAUCACCUAUGGUGCAUACGUGAUGCCGGAUCGCUGGAUCAACAGUGUGUUUCAUCACUGCUUCAUUCCUGUAGCCGUAUUGAACACCCUCGUGUGCACAGCACUGUCCUGCUACUCACGAUUUCCUGAACUGGAGUUUCCACGCUGGAGUAAGAUUCUAAGGACAGCAGCGUUUGUUUACCCCUUCGUUUUCGACAACAUUCCUCUAUUUUACCGGUUGCUGGUGUGUUCAGGGGAAGGCUGUACUCACAAUGAAGCUGUCUCCAGUCACUGCUAUCAUCUCAUCUUUGCUUUCCUCACCUGCUUCCUGUUCGCAUCACACUUACCUGAGAGGCUGGCUCCAGGCAGAUUCGACUACAUCGGUCACAGUCACCAGCUCUUCCAUAUCUGUGCUGUGGUGGGGACCCACUUCCAGAUGGAGGCUAUCCUGGCUGAUAUGAGCUCCAGGCGAGGCUGGCUGGCUGCCCACACUCCCAUGCCCUCCUUCCUGGGCUCCGUUGGAGCCGUCUCUAUCGGAGUGGUUCUCAACCUGGCCAUCAUAGGACUCUUCAGCGCCACCUUGCUGUGGACACCCAGUACUGCACACUCCCCCUGCCCUUGCAACAACAACAACAACAACCACCAACCAGAGCGCAAGGACAAGUGAGCCACUCACACAGACAAACACUCCCCCUGGUGGCAGGUCAAGGGAUAUUUAUUUGAAGAUACAGGAAAUUCUAUUGACUUUUUUUUUUUUUUUUGGCACAUAAUGUUUCCUGAUUUGAGUUUACAGGCUUUUUUUUCUGGCAAUAUCUUUUUAACAGUAACAUAUAUUUAUAUACAUAUAUAUGUGUGUGUAUAAUAUAUAUCUCAAGACCACUUAAGCCUUCAGGUAAAGAAACUGAAGACAAAGGAAACUACUAUUCUAUCAAAAUAAUGCUUCUGAAAAGACUCCUCAAGAGGGGGAACCAUAGUAGCGAAACAUAUAACUAGAAUAGUUAGUAGGCAAGGCUAAGCAGAAAUAGCAAUACAGAAUAAUUAGAACACAUAUAAUACUUUAUUACAUUUCGAAACUAAACUUUAAGGUUGAUUGUAAUCUAUAAGUUCCAUACACUAGAGCUGCAAGUACAGCAGCAGCAGGAGCAUGCAUAUUCUAUUCAGUUGGGCUCCUAGAGUGAUACACCUGCCUGGCCACUUUGUUAGGACAUGUCACUAAUGUCAGGUCGGGUCACCGUUUGCCCCGAUCACAGCCUUAGCGUGGCACAAACUCCUCAAGGUCCUGGAAGGUGUCUCAAGGGAUCCAUUCAGGCAUUCAUAUUUAAGUUUGCGUAGAGAGGUGGGCAGAGGGAGGAUGAUCGUUCAAGCUCAUCCCAGAUAUGCGUGUCUGGCUUAAGAGUCCAUGGAGGGCUUUGCAAACUUUUCACAAUUCAGAGUUCAGCGUUGUACACCAGGAGAACAUGCCCCAAAUCAGGGCCAUGCAAAAAAUCUUGUGUCCUUAAAAAAAAAAAAAACUACCUCUGGAGAAAGUGUACAAAAAGCUGGGCAUAAAAGAAUGGAGUGAGAAGCUUUAAACUCAAACUAAGAAAUACGAUCAGAAACUUGGUCAAGUUUUUAUAACAUAUAGAUAGUCUGAACAGUACCCUCUAGUGGUUGGCUGAAGAUCUGCAUAUUUUUCGAAGAUAAAGGACUUUUUGAAGACAUGGAAGACUGCCACUAAAGAAAUGUAGCAGGAGCUGCUGUUUGGUUCUAGUUGCCUGCCAUAGACAUAUGCAACCCAGGCUUGUCUUUAUAGAAGAGCCAGCGCCAUCUAGUGGUCUGCCACUGCGGAAAUUUAUUUUGCCGUGCCCUAGGUGGCGCUGGUGCUUACUUCUAUAAAGAUGAUUGCCUACAAUGCAUAAUUCUGUGGAAGGCAACUAGCACAGAAGAGCAGCUCCUCAGUCACCUUAACACAAAAUAAAAAAACACAGAUGCAAUGAGAACCACUGUGAAGGAUUGCAAACAUCCUGAAAAACAAACUAAGGAAAAGCUAGACUUUAAGAUGUGGUACAAAAGAGACUGAGCAACGAGAGCUGCUGAGUCUGAGCUGAGCAUUCAUAUUGGGUUUUAGAUACUUCACAAGGUAGGUUAUUCCAUUGUGUUCGAACUCUCUGUGUAAAACAGGGCCUAUGCUUUGUUGUAAAGUCCCUCAGCUUCCAUUGAAGCCCUCUCGCCCCACUCUCUGUGCUUGAAGCCCUGGGAUAACUUAGGAUUUUAGAGACUUCAAGUCCCCUCUUUCCCUUCUUGUAACCUGUCCUCAACUCACUGAGUCCUGGGAUCAGCCCAACUCUCUCUAUUUUCUCAAGUGCAGUAAUGCCUUGCUUGUAGUGAGGCGACCAGAGGUGCGCACUAGCUGGGGUCUGACAGGAGCAUUAACUUCCAUAGGCUUCCACAUACUUGCCAAUAGGGGAAAAAAAAACCAAAAAAAAACUAUUUACUAUUGUUUUAAAGUUCUAGAUGGAUUGUAAGGCAUUGAAAAGGUUUCCUUCACAGCUCAGCAGGCAUACAGGAACUGAUGUCUCGUUUCCGGGGGGAACGGAUAUGAUGACACACACAGUUUGACAGAACACCCAAGCUUUAUUAUUAUUAUUAUUAUUAUUAUUAUUAUUAUUUAGACUGUAGCAGUUGUCACGUUUAAUGGAACUACCAUAGGGUAUAUUUGCAGAACUUGUCUAUUGUCUUAUUGUGCAAUUCUGCUUAUUUUAAGGUAAUUUUUGCUUCCCUUUUAUACAUAUCUAGAGAAUAGCUUGUUAAUGUAACAGUAAAACUUGCUACAUGUCAUUGGUUAAAUUAUGCAAUUGAUGCCCUGGAUGAAAAAUGGAAUUGAAUUUGCCAUCUAGAAGAAAGAAAUGAAACAAGACUUAAAAGAAUGCGGUAGAUCAGAAAGUUAUAGGAAGCCAGGAAGUGAUGUCAUGGUUUGUGAAGUUGUGUCGUCUGAAUUAACUUGUCGGAAGGCGUGUAGAGGUCAGAGGUAAUUGCUGGGAGUUAGACUGAAGUGUUAUUGAAAGCAACAGAAUCUGCAAGUAUAUGGAGGCAGGCUUGAGGCAUGGAGACUGAACUGCUCCCUCCAUGCCUCAACCCUCUAAAAGAAAGGGUGCUCCCUCCAGUCCAGGGCAGGCUUGAGGCAUGGAGACUGAACAGCUCCCUCACCCCAUAAGAGAAAGGGGGCUCCCUCCAGUCCAGGGCAGGUUUGAGGUAUGCAGACUGAACUGCUUCCUCACCCCCCUAAGAGAAAGGGUGGUCAUUUUUAUGUUAUCUGUUUGUAGUGCCAACUAUCUUUUACCUAUCAAAAGAACUGGAAUAAUAAUAAUAAUAAUAAUAAUAAUAAUAAUAAUAUACACAAUUACUGCAUAUAAAGCCGUUAUAAUUCCAUCAAGAGGUUCUGAUUUCAUGUAUUAAACCACAAGAGCAACACGUGGUUUAUCAAUGCCACUGGUAACCUAAGAUGGAAUUCUUGUGUUCAUACAAUUUGGUGCUUUACUAAGAGAAUUAAAUGGACUGUUGCCUGGAUCACACAGAAUGUAUGAGUAACUAGCUUCGCAUGUCUUUUCCAUGUAUUUUUGACUGUCCCCUUACCCUUUCAUGAUGUUUGCAAUCAUUCUUUAUUGCAGUUAUUCAAUUGCUGUGUGUUUUCUUUAAUAACCCUGUGUCAGGGUGCUUUGAGUUCAGAAGCUGCUCCUCAGUUGUGGUUGCCUGCCAUAGAUCUGUGUAACCCAGGCUAGAUCAGCCACUGUGUCUUUAUAGAAGCGCCAGCGCCACCUACUGAUUCUUUUGUUUUUCUGGCAGUACACUGCUGGAGUUUAUUAAUAUAAAGACACUUUGGCUGCCUGUGUUGCAUAUGUCCACAGGAGUUAACUGGAACUGUAGAGCAGCUCCUGAACUCGGUCAAAGCGACACAGACUCAAUGAAAGGACAGAGAAACAAGGUAUUUGAGUUUUUACAAUGAAGCACUCAGAGUGAUUGCAAACAUGAAAAAAGUAAGGGGACAUUGAACAGGAGAAUGAAUUUGAAGUAAUUACUCGUAUUUGUUCUGGAAUCACACACUUCUCUGAGGUCAUUUCUUCUUAGUUGUUUGCUAUAGAGGCUUACCUGUGAGUCUCUCCCAGUCUGACUCUGAGGCCGCUGGUGUUUAUCUUGGUGCUGUUGUCAAUAGCAACCGCGUCAAACACGCAUUGUUUUGGAAAACUGCCUGCAGAGAAGUUUACAGUUUUAUAAACUACAGUUUGACUGUGGAACUGAUUGCUUAUAGAAAAAUACGAUUUCACAGGACAUUCAAGGACAUGCUGUAAAUCUAUUCCGGUUUAAAAAUCAGUUUGUAAGUGCCUGUUUAUAAAGAGGAGGCUCUUGUUUGAGCCUUCCUAGUUACUGGUAUACCACUGCAGAUGCAUUAACAUUUUACACUAAAAUGUAAGACACCUAUAUUUACUAAGUAAGGUUAAAAACUACUUAAAGCUGUUUACUAUUAAACCAUUUUCCUUUUUGCA